CCCUGACCUGACCCGACCCAGCGAAGAAAAAACAAAAAGGUCGAGUCUUGAAGCCUGACAUUCCGUCGAACACCUCUGGCUCAAGAAACUCACCGAUCAAAUGACAAGAAGCAUCGGUCGCAGAGGUAACCCGUUCAUCUUCUUCUUCCGCGAGCUCCUUGAUGAUCAAUUCUGCAAUUUUAAUCUUACCUCGCAUCACUUUAAUCACCCCAUUCGCUUUCUUUCCCAACCUCCCAUUCUCAAACCUUACAAAACCCCCAAUCUCACUCAUACCCUCACGACCACCCCUAUUUCAAAACUCGUCUCCUUUGCUUCUUCACCCGACGCCAACACCGACGAAAAUCCCGAAUUCGAGCGCGAUGAUGUUGUCGACGAAGACAUAUCCAGCGAAAGCGCAGGUUGUUCUUCUCCUGAUUUGGAGACAAUUAGGGACAUUUUGCGAACAGGUAGUGUGCAGGAAAAGAGCCAAAAGCUCCAGCGAUGCAGAGGGACUGUAACGCCGGAACUAGUCGCCGACGUUCUCUCCGGCACACGGAAUGACUGGGAAACGGCGUUCACUUUCUUCCUAUGGGCGGGCAAGCAGCCAAACUACGCUCAUUCCCUUCGCGAGUACCACUCCAUGAUUGCAAUCCUCGGCAAGUUCCGGAAGUUCGACACUGCCUGGUCUUUGAUCGACGAAAUGAAAGCUGCCUCAAUCGCUACUCCCCACACGCUACUGAUAAUGAUUAGGAAAUACGCCGCCGUGCACGACGUCGCUAGGGCAAUCAGCGCAUUCUACGCCCACCGGCGAUUCAACUUCAAAUUAGGUAUGGAGGAGUUCCAAGGUCUUCUAUCAGCUCUGUGUAGAUACAAAAAUGUCAAAGACGCAGAGCAUCUCCUCUUCUGCAAUGCAUCUGCGUUUCCUCUAAACACCAAAAGCUUUAACAUCAUACUCAACGGAUGGUGCAAUGUGAUCGGCGAUUUGAGGGAAGGAAAGAGGAUAUGGAAGGUGAUGUCGAUGAGAGGGAUCGAGCACGACGUAUAUUCGUAUGCGAGCAUUAUGUCGUGCCAUUCGAAGAUGAACAAUCUAAAAGUGGUGCUCGAUUUCUACGAAAGGAUGAAGCAAUUAGGGAAGAAGCCUGACAGAAAGGUAUACAAUGCAGUGAUUCAUGCUCUUGCGAAAGGAAGGCUCGUAAAAGAAGCUCGAAAUGUAAUGGAAAGGAUGGAAGGGGAAGGUGUUAGGCCAGACGAGGCGACGUAUAAUUCUUUAAUAAUGCCGCUUUGUAAGUCGAGGAUGUUAGAAGAAGCCCGUAAAUUUUUUGACGAGAUGGUGGAGCGAGGCCUGCGGCCGACUGUUCGAACAUUCCACGGAUUCUUUAGGGUGUUUAGGACAGGGGAAGAAGUGUUUGACCUUUUGCGGACAAUGUACAAGGUUGGAUGCUGUCCAAGCCACGAGACGUAUGUAAUGCUGAUCAGGAAAUUUUGUCGAUGGCGCGAGGUUGAGACGGUUUUUUAUAUAUGGGAUGAGAUGCGCGAGAAUGGUCUUGAUCCUGAUCGAAGUUGUUACGUUGCGUUAAUACAUGGUCUUUUUUUGAAUGGGAGAUUGGAGGAGGCGCAUAAGUACUAUGUUGAAAUGAAGGAAAAGGAUUUGUUGCCGGAGCCGAGUGUGGAUGCGAUGAUCCGGGCUUGGUUGGAAGGUAAGAAGGACGGGAACGAGGAAGUAGUGAUGUUGAGAGGCGAUUAUUACGACGAUUGGGAUGUUAGAGAAAGUGGAAGAGUGGAGUUAAGGAAAAAUCGCAAGGACAGCGAUUUCCUAAGACGACCAGAAUUGAGAAGUGUUACGAGGGAGCGUGGCUUUUCUUUCUGGGAAAACAAAGUAUUCGACUAAAAUUGAAUUGCAGCUUCUGGUGAUGUCGAAAAUUUCAGUAUGUUCUUGAACUAGAUGAUUUUGAUGCUUUUGGUAGUUGUCUUGCAGUAUACAUAGUUCAUUUUACGAGUUUUCUGGAACGAUCGAGCAAAAGAAUCUGGGAUCUAUUUAUUUAUAGGUGAAGAACUUGAAGUUUUAUUACUUAUCUGGAAGCUCUGUAUGGAGACAGAUCUCACGCAGGUUGUCUUCUUCGAAAUUGGUAUGUUUCUGCAGUUAAGAGUUAUUGAUUUGUAUUGUUUAACAGAGCAGAAAAAUACGGGUUUGUUUACU